UGACAAACACAAUAACGGAAAUAAGAGAUUUGAAAAUAACCACAAAUAUUAUGAGUACCGACAUAAAAGAAAUAAAAAUGGAUAUUACAAAUAUAAAGAUGGAUAUCCAACGCAUGUGUGGUAUAAUUUCGAAAUUAAAAGAAAGUCAAGAUAUUACUCUACCGCUAUCAAAAUGUACCGUUGCUUCACAAGCUGUUGUUGCUUUACAUUCGAUUUUUCCAUUAAAAACGAAAGAGCAAUUACAUCAAUUGGAAAACGAACUUGAAAUCGUCGAGAAAGAAACUCAAUUGAGUGCGUUUUUUGAUACAAUUGGAGGACUUGAUCCAAAUGAAACAGUGAAAAGAUCUCUAAUAAAGACAUUCAGUAAUAAACCAGCCACUGAAUUUUCAUGGCAAGGCCGUAAAGAAAAAUAUAAAUUAUGUAAUUUAAAAAUAAUGGACAUAAUGUAUCGUUCACUGCUGGCUCGUUGUAUUAAUAUGGAUGAAAAAAAAUUCCAAUUUCGUGUGCAAGAAUGGUUCAGACAAGCUGCAGCACGCUAUCGCAAUGAAAUUCAGAAAGAUACAGAAAACGCCAUUAUUUUGGAACUACAAUGUGGAAACGUUGACGUUGCAGAAAUCGCAAAUUGCAUGCAGCUUAAUCCUACAGCAUCAGACAAUGAAGAACAAGUAAACUAGUAAAACGUUAUAUUUUUAAUUAUUACAUUUAAACAUUUUAUCAAGUUCGAUAUACAAAAGUAUAAAAGUAUAUGUAUAAAAGUCGAGAAUAAUAUAUAGAGUGACUUAGUUUCUUUUAAAUUAAAAAAUUUUUUUAUAAAAUGUUCAUAAUAUCGAAAAUGUUCUAAGGACAAAAAUAUUAAGGCACUUACUGCAAACUAAUAAUAUGGAAAUCAAUAGUUCUUGAGAUAUUCAACUUUUAAUUUAAUUUAGCAUUUAAAUUAUUA